AUGCGCCUACUAGAAUACCUUGGCGAUGAACGGUUCUCCCUGAAGGAGUUCUUCGCCGAUGUUCCCCCAUAUGCUAUACUCUCACAUACAUGGGGAUUGGAAGAGGUAACUUUUAAGGACAUGAUAGAAAGGACUGGAAGGAGCAAGACGGGUUUUGACAAGAUCCGAUUCUGCGGAGAACAGGCUAGACGUGAUGGCUGGCAAUACUUUUGGGUAGACACCUGCUGUAUUGACAAAUCCAAUGCUGUCGAGCUUCAGGAGGCUAUCAACUCGAUGUUUCGCUGGUACCAGAAUGCUGUCAAAUGCUAUGUCUAUCUCUUAGAUGUGUCGACAAAGAAACGGAAGGCAAAUAACUUAUUCACCGAGUAUACUUGGGAACUAGCAUUUCGGUCAAGUAAAUGGUUUACUCGAGGUUGGACCCUUCAAGAGCUUGUUGCUCCGACAUCAGUUGAGUUUUUCUCUAAGGAUCGGGAGCUCUUAGGUGAUAAGAGGAGUUUAGAGCGACUAAUCCACGAGAUAACAAGGAUUGCAGUUCCCGCGCUUCGGGGAGAACCUCUAUUACAAUUCGACAUCGAAGUCCGAUUAUCAUGGGCAAAAGACCGCAAGACUACACGCGAAGAAGACAAGGCAUACUCGCUAUUUGGAAUUUUCGAUAUCCAAAUCCCUCUCCUCUAUGAGCUCGACCGUCUUCCAUCUGCUGCAGGGGCGGCGUUCAAUUCAUUCGACCGCCAACAAGAUUCCACUUGCCUUCCGGAUACCCGAGUUGACUUGCUACAAGAGAUUUGCGACUGGGCCGAUGGAGAAGAUGGUCGGUGCAUAUUCUGGCUCAAUGGCUUAGCCGGCACGGGCAAAUCGACAAUCGCACGUACCAUUGCUCAGAGAUACUGCAAGGAAGAGCGCCUUGGGGCCAGCUUCUUUUUCUCAAGAGGUGGCGGAGAUGUGAGCCAUGCCGGUAAAUUCUUUACAAGUAUUGCCGUGCAGCUCGCAAACAACAUACCAUCUCUUCGACACAAUGUUUGUGAUGCUAUUUCCCACCGCAAAGAUAUCGCAAGCCAGUCUUUCCGUGACCAGUGGAGCCAGCUUGUCCUCCUCCCAUUAUCAAAGCUCGGCGGCGGCUCGUCUUCGUCCUCUUACGUGUUGGUAAUCGACGCCCUAGAUGAGUGCGAUAAAGAUGAGCACAUUCGGAUGGUUUUACACCUCUUAGCUGAAGCCCGAACACUGAGAACUACCAGACUUCGAGUCUUGUUGACAAGCAGACCUGAAAUCCCGAUACGCCACGGCUUUUACCAAAUCCCUGACUUUCAACAUCAGGACUUUAUACUUCACAACGUACUAUCUACAAUUAUCAACCAUGAUAUCUCUCUAUUCCUGGAAUACAGUCUAGGGAUAGUCAGGCAAGAGUGGGCUCUUGGCGCAGACUGGCCCGGCGAAGUGGUCCUUAAACAGCUAGUUCUACAUGCUUGUGGCCUCUUUAUUUGGGCGGCAACUGCAUGUCGGUUUAUCUGCGAAGGGAAGGGAUUUGCACGCAAGAGACUAGAUACAAUUCUUAAGGGCAGUAGCAGGUCUACUACCGCACCAGACAAGCACCUCGAUGAGAUCUACCUUACUGUUCUCAAUCACUCGAUCUCCUCGAGGUAUUCGGACGAAGAGAAAGAAGAGGUAUGCGAUAUGUUAGAGCAUACACUUGGAAGUGUAGUAGUACUACUCUCGCCUCUUUCCGCCUCUUCAUUAAGCAAACUAUUACACCUUCCAAAGGAAGAUAUUAAUCGGACAUUCGAGGACCUUUAUGCGAUCCUUGACAUUCCAAAGGAUCCGACUCGGCCGCUCCGCCUGCACCACCCUUCAUUUCGCGACUUCCUCCUCAAUAAAGAUCGUUGUGGGGAUUUCUGGGUAGAUGAAAAUAAGGCACACCAGAUAUUAGCUACUAGCUGUAUACAGCUGAUGUCCCGGACACUCAAGAAGGAUAUUUGCAAAGUGCACGCUCCUAGUAGUCAAGCCAGCCAAGUUAAGAGCAGUCGUCUACAGAAUUACCUUCCGCCUGAAGUUCAAUACGCAUGCCUUUAUUGGGUUCAGCAUCUGCAAUGGAGUGGUUCUCAGGCUCACGACGGCGAGGAAGCUCACCGAUUUCUGCAAGCUCAUCUACUGCACUGGCUCGAGGCGCUUGGGUGGAUGGGCAAGACCUCAGAAGGGGUUCAAGUAAUAUUGUCCUUAGAGGCUAAUAUUUCGGUUAAUGAAAGCCCCAAUUUAUACGCAUUAAUCCAUGAUGCUAAGCGAUUUGCCUUAUAUAAUCGAUCUGUUAUUGAACAGGCACCCCUUCAAUUGUACUGCUCUGCUCUUAUCUUUGCGCCAGGGAAUAGCGUUGUUCGAAUGAUGUUUGAAGGUUAUAUCCCAGAUUGGAUUCAGCUAAAAUCAAGAGUACAAGCACACUGGAACGCGGCGCUGCAGACGCUCGAGGGCCACACCGCCUCGGUCACGUCCAUAGCCUUCUCACCUGACGGCAAGCAGGUCGUGUCUGGAUCUGACGAU